AUGUCCGCAGUUGGUCCAAGCCUACCUCCUUCGCUCACGGAUAAGCGCAAGAGGGACGGAGAUGACUGCAGCGAUGACGAGGCGUCCUCGAGCCCGGUCAGCGACAACAAACGUCCACGGGUAGCGGGACCAACACUACCUCCUGCCCCUCCUGACCAACGCCCCUCUAACAGCGUUGCGGUGGUUGAGCAAAACAAAGUCUCUGACAGCGAGAGCAGCGAAGAUGACGACUUUGGUCCAGCAUUGCCAGGUGCGGCCGAUGCUGUCCAGAGAACUGAGACCCAGCCGACCACCAAACCUGCCGCGCCUGCCGUCGCUCAGCGAGACGAGUGGAUGACCAUGGCACCCGCGCAUGGGGACUGGUCGGCACGAGUCGAUCCUACGCAGCUCAAAGCACGCAAGUUCAAUACCGGCAAGGGGGCCAAGGCUCCGGUGGCUGCAACAGGUGCUUCUGAUGCAUGGCACGAGACUCCAGAGCAAAAGCAGGCCCGUCUGCAGCGAGAAUUGAUGGGUAUCAAGGAAAAGUCGUCCACUUCAAAUGCACUGCACCAAAGCAAGGUCACCGAAGAAGAUGCCGCUACGGCCAAACGCCUCCAGGAGUAUAAUAAUGUACGAGGACCGUCUCUGUAUCAGGCACAUCAGAGGAAAGAAGGCAAGGAGGAAGACGACGAUCCAAGCAAGCGUGCGUUCGACCGAGAAAAGGAUAUUGCUGGCGGGCUUCAGCUCAAUUCAACUCAGCGUAGAGACAUGAUGAAAAAGGCCUCGGACUUUGGCAGCAGGUUCAGCUCAGCUAAGUAUCUGUGA